AUGACAAUUCUUAAUGAUACAUACGAGUCAAAAACUGAAUACAGAAGGCAAAUUAGGUUACAAUUGAAGCGUAAUAAGCAACACUUAGAAUCACUGGAUUAUAAAGGCACUAGAGUGAAAAAUGAGUUCCAGCUUGACUGCAGUUUCUACCCAAAGCCUAAUCCGAACUGUAAAAUAAUGUACUUCGACGUGGAUAAUACGUUAUACAGUAAAUCUACCGGAAUUGAAAAGGCUAUGUUACAAUUGAUCUAUAACUAUUUGAUAGUUGAACUGGAUUUAAGUUACAAACAAGCUAUAGAAUUAGUACAUGUAUAUAACGAGAAAUAUGGAAUGGUACUGUCUGGGCUCAUCAAAAAUUUUAAUAUCAAUAUAAAGCAGUUCAAUGAAAUGUGCGACGACGCAUUACCAUUGCAGCAUUUUAUAGAGGGGCCAGAUUUGAAAUUGAGGAAAAUGUUGAUUGAUUUGAAACAAACUACCAAGAUAGAUAAAUUUUGGAUUUUUACAAACUCUUAUAAAAACCAUGCAUUAAGAUGUAUUAAAAUUUUGGGGAUUGCCGAUCUUUUUGAUGGAAUCACUUAUUGCGAUUACUUCGCUAACGAUUUCAUGUGCAAACCUAGUCCAGCUUUUUUUGACAAGCUAAGGCUGGAGAGUGGACUAGCCGACUGGAACAAUGCACUAUUUAUUGAUGAUAAUAUUAACAAUAUUGAGGCUGCCAGUUACAUAGGAAUGAAGGUGUGUUUCCACAUUGCGGAAAAAGACAAAUUUGACCAUAGUAGAAAUGAAGAUGACACUAAAAAACUGGAACGGUCAUCCAAAUAUGGCAAAAUCAUUCCAAUCAAUGAUAUAUUGGAAUUGCCGCUUUUUGCAUCAGAUGCAUGCUAG